AUGGUGGUUGUGGUUGGAACUUUAGUUUUUGUGAAUGAAACAGUGGCUGUUGUGGUUGCAUCUGUAGUUGUGGUUGCUGGAACUGGAGUUGUGGUAGCUGGAACUGUAGUUGUAACUGUCGUUAUUGUGGUUGGAACUGUGGUUGCUGUGGUUGGAACAGUGGGUUGGAACCUGGUUGUUGUGGUUGCAGUUGGAACUGUAGUUGGUGAUGUUGGAGCCAUGGUGGUUGUAGUUGGAACUGUAGUUGGUGAUUUGGGAACCUUGGUGGUUGUGGUUGUAGUUGUGGUUGCAUCUGUAGUUGUGGUUGUAGUUGGAACUGUAUUUGUGGUUGCUGGAACUUUAGUUGUGGUUGGAACUGUAGUUGUGGUGGUUGGAAGUGUGGUUGUGGUUGUUAGUACUGUAGUUGUGGUGGUUGGAACUGUAGUUGUGGUUGCUGGAACUGUAGUUGUUGUAGUUGAAAUUGUGGUUGCAUCUGUAGUUGUUGUGGUUGGAAAUGUACUUGUGGUGGUUGGAAGUGUGGUUGCUCUAGUUGGAACCAUGGUAGUUGUGGUUGUAGUUGGAACUGUAGUUGUGGUUGCUGGAACUGUAGAUGUGCUUGCUGGAACUGUAGUUGUGGUUGCUGGAACUGUAGUUGUUGUAGUUGUCGAUGUAGUUGUUGAUGUUGGAACCUUGGUGGUUGUGGCUGUAGUUGGAACUGUAGUUGUAGUGGUUGGAACUGUAGUUGUUGUGAAUGGAACAGUGGCUGUUGUGGUUGCAUCUGUAAUUGUGGUAGCUGGAACUGUAGUUGUGGUUGCUGGAACUGUCGUUGCUGUGGUUGGACCAGUGGCGGUUGUAGAUUGA